ACAAUCGCGUUUCCUUUAUUAGAUAAAGACACUUAUAUAAGACGAUGAAACAAUUAAUCGAUUCCCUAAACGUAAAAAUGUCUCCUAAAGUAAUUAUUAUUGUAGGGCUUUUCCUUAUCGCGAACGCCUCAGGAACACCAAUCGUUCGAAUUGUGAACGGUACUGAUGCCCAAGAAGGUGAAUUUCCUUACAUAGUAUCUGUACGAAUUUUUGGUGAACAUAAUUGUGGUGGAUCCAUUUUGAACGAAAAAAACAUUCUAACAGCAGCCCAUUGCGUACAUCUACUUCCAAUGGAAAAUAUGAGCGUACAAUAUGGUGUCUUAGAAAUAAAUUCCAGUGACAAUGUAGUUCAAGUGUCUGGGUAUAACUACCAUGAUGAUUACGACCCAUAUAGUGGCGCAUAUGAAAACGACGUUGCAAUUAUCGAACUAGCUAAACCAAUAGUUUUUGGGAAAAACAUUCAACCAGUCACACUCCCCAAAGCUUUCAAUGCCACUCCUGAACACUCUUCAGCUUUGUUAGCAGGAUGGGGUUUACCAUUUUCUGGUGGUGACUUGAUGACACAUUUGCAAAAAGUAAACAUUAUCGUUUAUUCUGACGAUGAUUGUGAAAGGAUUCAUAAAGGAACAGGACCAACAAAUAGAAAGUACCAUGUUUGUGCUGGAAUACCUGAAGGUGGAAAAGGACAAUGCAAUGGUGACUCUGGUGGUCCUUUGACGGUCAAUGGGGUACUAGUCGGAACAGUAUCAUGGUCUGUGAAGCCGUGUGCUGUUAAAGGCUAUCCAGGGGUUUUCGCCAAAGUUGCUAAUUAUGUGGAGUGGAUCAAUAAAAACAUGUUUAAAUAAAUAAUUAUAUAAAAAAGAAAUAAAGUAUUUAAACCAUAAA